AAAUCAAAUAGCUAUCCAUGGAAUAUUAGAACUUGACUUGCUCCAUUCUCUUAUAUUUUUUGUGUCUCACACUAAAGAAAUGAAAGAUGCAUGAUUCUAAGGCUAAAUAGCUAGGAAGUAUUCAUUCAAACUUGAAUAUUCUUCAAAGAGAGUGUGGGAGCAACUCUAAUCGGAGGAAGAAACAUAAAGGAAGUAAAUCCAGAUGUUUUCCACCAAAGUCCUCCUUUUGGCUGGUCUGAUUUCUACUGCACUGGCAGGGCCAUGGGCUAAUAUAUGUGCUGGCAAGUCUUCCAACGAGAUCCGGACGUGUGACCGCCAUGGCUGUGGACAGUACUCUGCUCAAAGAAGUCAGAGGCCUCACCAGGGUGUGGACAUCUUGUGCUCUGCUGGAUCUACUGUGUAUGCACCAUUCACUGGAAUGAUUGUGGGCCAGGAGAAACCUUAUCAAAACAAAAAUGCUAUCAAUAAUGGUGUUCGAAUAUCUGGAAGAGGUUUUUGUGUCAAAAUGUUCUACAUUAAGCCAAUUAAGUAUAAAGGUCCUGUUAAGAAGGGAGAAAAACUCGGAACUCUAUUGCCCUUGCAGAAAGUUUAUCCUGGCAUACAGUCGCACGUGCACAUUGAAAACUGUGACUUGAGUGACCCUACUGCAUACCUGUAAAUGGAAGGCCAAUGGUCAGAUCUUCAAAAUAAAAAGUCAUCUUAAAAACCUGGAUGCAUACCCCGCUCUUCAAGAAAUUUGUAUUCACAAAGGAAAAAUGCAUGAAGGGAUGGAUACUCCAUUUUCCAGGACUUGGUUAUUAUACAUUGCGUGCUUGUAUCAAAAAAUCUCACGUACCUCAUAUAUGUAUACACUUGUGUACCCACAAAAUUUUUUUAAUUAAAAAAGGAAAUUUGAGUUUAAAUAGAAACAUGAUAAGUGCGAGAAAGAAAACAUUUUGAUUUUAACUCAUUGUCACUCUGAUGUUCGAGUGAACUGGUUUCUUCAGGCUCUUUGAUCUUUCUGUCACCCAAGGAAUCUGAGUGGUUUUGUUUUUUAGAUUUCUCAGUCCUGAAGAUCGAAGAUAAAUAAACAAGGGAACUU